AUGCUGUUCCCCAAAUUUUUUGCUGUUUUCACAGCUUUUGCCGUCACUGGCGCGAGCGCCCAAAAGUGUAAAUGCAAAGCGAACCCUUGCACUACCAAUCUCGUUAAAAAUGGCGGGUUUGAUUCGCCCUUAGAUGGCUCCCCAUGGAUAUUUUCCAAUAUGGAGGUCACCUCAUACAAGCCAAGGAGUUCUCCCCAGGCAGCUUUGAGCCAAAUCGAAGACUCCGCACAGAGAAAUGCUAUUGUACAGUCCGUCCCCUUGGUUGAAGGAGAAUCCUACACGCUUCGGUAUUACUGGACAAUUGUAGGAGGCACAUUUGCUGCUAGCGGCGGCUGCGAAAUCUCUGCCUCGCUUGACAACUUUCAUGGUGACGACGCUUUGUACCUGUCCGAUACUCCGCAGGGGACGUAUAGUCUGCAUGAGUGGACUUUCACUGCCCCCGCAAAUAGUAAGCUCAAUCUCGUCGUGUUCUGCAAGCGGGACGCCACUCUUGACGUCAACGUGGAUGAUGUAUCCAUCUAUCCCGCCUCCUGCCUAAACCCUACAUAA